AUGGCUCGUCGAAUUCAAGACUGGAUCGCAGAGAUCUUUGAUCACCAGAGCGAAGCAGGCUCAACUUCACGACAUCCUUUCCCUCCUCGCCGCACCGAAGUUCCCAUCAUGCCAAGGAGCAAAGAAAAAGGCGCCAAAGCUGGAGCCGGAUCCACUUCGUCUGCCGGGGCCCAGAAGUCUGGCCAUCACCAGAAGGGCAAGAUCUCUCCUGAGGCUACUGCAUCUCAAGGUCCAAGCAAGGCCUCGGGGACCUCUCCUAAAGGUUCCAUUGUGGAGCGCCUGCAUAGUCUGACCCACCGACCAAAGGCUCCCGCGAGUCCACCAGCUACAAAUGUUGAAGAGGGCCAUGUCGUACUCGAAGCCAAGGCGUCGGUGGUGGCAGGCGCCCUACAAACCAGCGGCACGAAAUCAACGCAGGAACAGGACGACGAGUCCAAGUACGAAUCUGAGGACGAUUCAAUCGAGUCUCAAAGAUCAGAUCCUAAGGACAAAAGCUACCAUGGCUCCAAAGGAAGCGGUUCAGUCCAUGAUCGAGAGACCAGAGCAUCUCGAAACUCAUCUACGAACAGUCUCCUGGAGCAGCACGGGAUCGGGGGUUUGACGGCCGCAAGUAAAAGUAUGCCAAGUAUUAGAAGCUUGGAGAGUUUUCGCCAACAGAUCGAGUCCGCCAGAAGCGCCCAGCACAACAGAAGGGGCUCCAGAACUUCUUCGAAAAGCGUCAGAAGCGUAAAGAGUAGUUCGUCUGUUGCGACUACGAGCUCUCAGACCACCCAGACCUUCACCACGUUGCCACGAUUGGACAGACCUAUUCAACCCGGGCAAGGAUCAGAAUUUCAACCGACCUGGGAUGCAUAUGAACAAGCACUUGUCAAUUCCAUCUUACGGGUUGUUCGUGGCGAUGACAUAAAGAUCUCCAAAGAGACUUUUGACGCCAUCUUGUUAUUGGAACCAGUUGAGGCGUACCAAUUCAGUGAUGUCAAGGCCACGGCACCACCAGAAAAUCUACGUGGUACGAUCUCUGCGGCUGACAUCCGCAUUCUACAAUUCGUCCUCGAUCAGACCAAGUUUUGCCAUAAGACACGAGCUCUUGAAGCCGGCUGGAACUCUCAGGUUCAUGGUAUUCUCCUACAACUAGCUGCAUUAGGUUCCACCUGCGAGGUCAACAUGCACAAUGUCACGACUCAAAUGCAGGGAAAGCAAGCGAUGCGCCCUAAACAUUAUGGUACCCCUCAAACGAUUUCGGCGGUUGAUUUCAUGUUCAUGAUUCCAGUGGAAGCAAGAAGUCAUGAGCAGGCCUUGAUUUUCAUAUUACCUGAAGAAUCCGGAAACCCGUACAAUUCAUUCAACACCCAUCAUCAUGGAGAAAUCGGAGUCAUGUUCGUUGAGACGAAGCGAGCUCGCGGUGAUCAGGCGGAAGGCUUGGUUCAAAACGCCCUUGCAGUAGACGCUCAAAUUCGUUGGUUGCACGAGUUAGUUCGGCUCAUGCAAUACUUCGAUCAAAAACAAUAUCCAGCACAAAAGGAUGCGCAGAAUUCGAAACUGCCAAAAAUGCCAGCAUUGCCUUCGCUGUUAGUAAUGGGGUCAGAGUGGUAUAUCCAACUAUCAAAGCAGGACGAAAGCGGCGGGUUGAAAACUCUUUUUUAUGAGCUGAACGACGGCCAGGCUCUUGCAGACACGAAGACUUUAUUUGGCAUUGUUAAGGUUCUCGAAAUCCAAUUCGCACUUCUGAAGUACAUCGAGGAAGUUUGGGAACCGUGGCUGAUAGCUCUGCUGCGAAGGCUCCCGAGCGCAGAAGUGCUAUCCGACAUGGCGCUGAACAACAUAACCUGGAAGGAUCUCAAGCAGUCCAAGCUGAGUCCGAUUACUGAGGCGCAUGAAUAG